AGAGAUAAAGAUAGCUGAAAGGAGGGAGAUCCGUCAGCAUUUGUUUCCUCAGGAUGUGGUUACCACGACGACGAAAAGGCAGAGAGGCAACAUCACUACCCUGGUCCCCUCUGACACCUGCAAGAGUGUAUAUGACUGUGUGAAAGUCAGAGUGUGUGUGUGUGUGUGUGUGUGUGUGUGUUUCAGUGAGGAACUGAGUGAGUAAAUGAGUGUGAGCAUGUGUCUGUUUGUGAAAAGUGCGUAUGUGGUCUGUGCAUGAUGUUAAUGUAUGUGCGUAUGUGUGUGUGUUUUUGCGUGUGUUGGCCGGGUGAGAGAGACAGAUAGGAAGCACAGUGCGAGAGGCAAAAUCUAAACGGGGAAAUUAUCAGACCAACACAAGACAGUGAAGAGUGGAAAAUCAUUAAAAUACAGAAGAACACCAUGAAGAAAAUAAGAAGAACAACGACCUGGGACUCGAAAACAUGAACACCAGAAGACGAAUAUAUGCAAAAGGGAAAUUAAGCGCCGAGGACUGGUAAAAAAACAAAACAAAAAAAAACAUCUACCGUGCCUUCUAGCUUUACCUUGCUAGCUAUCAUGGAUGACCAUUCCUCCACCCAAUCCUUCCACAACCACCACCAAACACAGUUACCCUCCUUUCACCUCGCCUUGCCCAGCCUCCAGAGCAUUGAGGUGGGCUAUCUGUCCUCUCGGCACGCCCUGGAUCCUCUGAGGCAAUACGGUGGUCGAGAAGAGGAUCCCAAAACCUCCUUCAACGCCUAUCCCAACGACAGGAGGGGUAGCAGCGGAGACGGCAGAGGCUUGCUGAAUGCAAGUGGUGGCAGUUUGGAUGUAAACUCGGCGGGCCAUUUUGAUGGAGAUAACGGUCGAGGCGGCAAGUUCGGUGACACCUUGUUCGGCGUUUGCAAAAAAGAGGAGGUUUGGGAGGACGGGGAGAGUUGUGAAAGCGCUGCAGACCAUUUUAACAGUGACGGAGGUUGCUACAAUCACACAAGCAACUUUUUCUACACUUCGAAUUGCGGCGGUGAAGUCAACAAAGUCAACUAUAAUAACUGCGUCGAUGCUAGCUAUGAAGCCAAACGGGAAACAGUUCACAGCGGUGAGGCUAACGUUAGCCACUCUUUUAGACAAACAGCUUCCUACAUCAAGAGUGAACCGGGGACAUGUAGCGAUGACCGUGUAAAUUAUUGUAGGACUGAUUCGAGAGUUGGUGAUAAUUAUUUAGGAAGAGAGGAGGAUUUUGGGUCCAGCUGUGGCUCAGGUGAGGAUCAGCAACAACUAGCAGAGGUUGAGGGAGCCUGGCCGAGUGUCUCCCCCUUCAGUCAGACCGAAGAAGGCCGGUGGAGAGGAACAGAAGCCACCUCCUCAGGAUGCCCAUCCCAAAGAUCACCUAUAGGAAUCAUGAGUGGGAUGCACACUCAGAAACUGGACUCUUUCUCUGAAGCUUUCCUCUCCCAACGAAGGAUGAGGUUCCCCAAGGUUCCCAUUGGGGAUUCCUCUCAACAGAUCUGGGGUUUUGGAGAACGGGGAGAUGAAAAACACAGCUUCGCUUUUGAUUCAGACUCCUACCUGCCUCCCUCCUCGUCUUCAUCGCCCGCUCACCCCACUCUUCCAUCUUUUCCCUCUCCUCCCACAUCUUCUCACCUCAUGUCUUCUGUUCUCAGCCCGCCUCCAACACCUCUUCCUGCUUCUUCCAAUUCCCCUUCAAAAAUGGACUCUCCCAUUGCAUCUGGGGGCUAUGGACAUUCAUUGCCUCAGGGGGGCGAACCGGUUGGUGCCCUUCAGUUUUUUGCCUCCCACCUUCAGUGUUUCCCAUCUGUCCAUAGUGCUGGGAAGAUAUGGAAGUUUCCACUGCCGUCGCAUUGCUUUCCACAGUCAUCAGGAGACAACAGCAACAUGACAUAUUCUCAUGCUAGAGACUAUGGCAACAUUACAGUCUCGCACAGCGUCCCUCCUUAUCCACAAUCGUCGUUCCACACUUCCUCUACGGACCAGCCAUCAUUUCACCCGAUCAGAGCCCUCCGUCCCCCUAAUACUGCAUCCCUCCAUUCGUCCCCUCAUCUUUCCUCUCAUCCACCUCAUCUUUCCAGUCAACAUUAUGAGGCAGCAGAAAAGACAACACAUCACGUGGUGACCCAGCAAGUGAAAAAUGGACUCAUCAUUCUGAACCAAUCGCAGAAACAAGCCUCCAAGGCACACUCUGGAACUCCAUUUCCCAGUAUCCUUCACUCCACAAGGGAUCAGAUAAGGGGUCACUACACUCCACGACCCCUGCUCAAUCCUGCACGCAGAGGGAAGGGGCUCUACUCCUGCCUGUUGUCCCUCCAUCACAGAGAGCAGGAAGCGGCAGCAGAUGAGAAGGACGAGUGUGCUGUUUUUCCGUAUGUCAACGUGGGUCGUGAUUUCCAGGCAGAGCUCCCUCCAUGUUUUGUAGAUGGCAAAGGGUCAGAGGUGUGGUCAGCAGAGGAGGAAUCCCUCAGGGAACAGCUGCUCUGGAAACCAUGGGGCAAGCUGGAUGCCAGUACUGACACACAAGACCAAGUGGAGAAGCUGUUGUCCAUGUGCAGUUCUAGCUGCUUACCAGGAGGGGGCAGCAACACAGAGCUGGCGCUGCACUGUCUGCACUACUGUCGGGAGAACAUAAAGGCCACAAUGGAGAUGCUGCUGUUCUCACAGCCGCUACCUACAGGAGACUACCACUACUCUGGUAGUGAUUUGUGGUCGGAUAGCGAAAAAAAACGUUUCAGCGCAGCGCUGGAAAACUAUGGAAAAGACUUCUCGCUCAUACAGAAACUGGUGAGGACUAAAACCACAUGCCAGUGUGUUGAAUUUUACUACCUAAGCAAGAAGCUCCUGGACAAGCAGAAGAAACUGAAGGCAGAGGCGAGCAGAGAUGGAGAAAUGGAGCAGCAAAAAAGCGUAACGCCCAUCUGUCGGCCAGUGGACAGACAGUACGGUCUUCAGGAGGCGGCUCCUGUGCCCUCAUUGGCUAGUUUCUUCCCCUGCAAGCUGUGUGGCAAAAUGUUCUAUAAAAUCAAGUCUCGCAAUGCGCACAUGAAGAUCCACCGCCAGCCUCAGGAGGACUGGACUGACCGGCGGCUUCAGCAACAGAUCCUCACCCAGCGUCUGAUUCUGAGUAGUCCCAACAACUUCAUCGCCACCCCGGGCGGUGCCCUGCUGCAGCCCCAGCCUCCUCCAUGUCUGACCGUUGCCUCCCCUGGCCCACAUGGGACGCCAAACAACAUCAACAACGCAGACAAUGUCCUUAACUCUAUAUCAAACAGGAACGCCAGUGUCUCAGAUCAAAGCGCCGUGGUGACUUAUAGCAACACCUCUGAUGCAAACUCUCACGUUAGCAAUCACUUUCAUGGUGCUGACUCAAAUCAGGAAGAGUCCACCUCUGUCUUACCUUUCCAUCAGUCAUGGGGCUCAUUUGGACAUGGCACUGGCCAAGCUGCCUUUUACUACAACACAGAAGGGAAAGAGGACGUGGGAGAUGGGACAGUGGAGGGAAAAGAGGGGAUCAACUGGCAGUAGUGUCUAACUUUCCAUGAGCAUUACUGCCACUGAGGUUACAGACUUAACAGUUCAACUCAAACUAAGUGUAUUUGAAACUUUCUGUGCUUUUCACAAACUUAUUUUGGAAAAUUUUUGUUUUUUUUGUAAAUUGAUAAUUUUUCUGUUAUUAAUUGUUUUUUGUAUAUUUAACUGUUUUUCUGCAUGCAACAUUUGGAUCAUUUUUUUCAGUCUUUGGUUUGAGCCAGGCUAGUUGCUUCUUCUUCGUUUUUUUUUUUUGUCUUUGUGCUAAGCUAAGCUAACUGUCCGCCAGGCUGUGGCAGUAGGCAUGAGCGUGGUUUCCGUCCUCUCGUCAAAUGAGGACAAAAGUGUGUAUUUUCACAAAACAUGAAUUGUGUAAUCGGGAAUUACACAAGCAGAUACACAUCUGUACAGACAGACACACACUCAGUCUAAUGGAACAGUUUGAUAUAACAACAUAAUGGGCUAAUAUUGACCUUUGAGGACCUUCUUGUGCGCCAAAAAACUGACCUGUUGAUGGUUAACUACAGUGACUCUCUCUCUCUCUCUCUCUAUGUGUGUGUGUGUGUGUGUGUGUGUGUGAAAGAUGGGUCCUAUAUCAGUCAUUAAAACAUUAAUAUAUAUAAGGACAAUUAAACUAUUUCUAAAAGAAGAAAAAAGAUACCCUUUGUGUAAAUUAAGGUAUUUUAGCUGUUUUUAUUCUGAAUUCACAGAAUACCUGAUGAGAUCAAUUAUUUACUUAUCUGUCUGGGGCUAAGGUUCAUUCUCAUGGCGGGUGAGUACUCUUUGGUCCCAUAUCUUCACGGGUGUUUCUGCCACCAUAACAGUGAUAAGAGUAUUUGUAAAGGUCUGUAUAUGGCAUGGAUGUCUGCCCAUGUUUAUAUUAUGGACUAAAUGUCCUUCAAGGUGUCCUUGUUAAAGACACAUGUGUCUAUGAGUCAGCAGGUUCUGGGCUCGAUGGAUGUAUGAAUAUGUGCUUGAUUUGCUACAUAUAUGUAUCUGCGUGCAGGUAUGUUUUUUUUUUUUUGUAUGAAUAAAACAUUUGCCCCUUAUAAAAGUCUACAAAAGCCUUUAAACUGGUUCCUGUCUGGGGCUGAAGUCCAACCUGUCUAGCACACAUUACCUGCCCUAUUUUAUCUGUCUGACGACUGUCUUUCUUCACCUUACUUAUGUUAAGAGAAGGAGCUCUUUCUUAUGAAUAAACGUUCUAAAGCAGU